GGAUGGGAUGUAAUAAAUGCACACAUCCAACAUGCCCGCAUUCAUUGAUUAAGAACGAUGUCUGCCCAUGUCAGUCGGAUUCAUGCAACGGACAAAUGGUUUUAGAUGCCACCUCUGCUCCGAGAUGGAAAUUAUCUUGCAAUGAAUGCAAUUUUGUAUCAACAUUCACAGAUAUCAUCAAAGGCGUCACGAUAUCGGUUGGGGAGUUUUGUGAAAGCGAAGAUUGUAACACGUGUAUAUUAAAAAUCGAAUUUCGCGAAAAUCAAAAUAAAAAACCGUUGGAAGGGUGUAUUUUAUGUGACGAGGAGAUCAUGGGAUUAUUAGAGAAUAA